CAGGUGCUGGCCGCCGCCAAGCUGCAGCGCCACGCCGAGGACCUCGUCAAGGACCUCACGCUGGACGACCUGCGGCGUGACGCCAAGGGCGCCAAGGGCCUCGUCGUCGGCGUGUACUUCUCGGCACACUGGUGCCCACCCUGCAAGGCGUUCACGCCGCAGCUCGUCAACACCUACAACGCGGUCCGGGAGCGGGGCCUCAACUUCGAGAUCAUCUUCGUCAGCUCCGACAGGAGCGAGGAGUCGUUCGAGCAGUACGCCCGCAGCAUGCCGUGGCCGGCAGUGGCGUGGCGCGACGAGGCGAGUCGCCAGGAGCUGGCGUCGCUGCUGGCCGUGCAGGGCAUCCCCACCCUCGUGCUGGUGGACGCCUCGGACAAGGACUGCGCCCUCAUCACGGACGACGCUCGCGCCCGGGUCAACGACGACCCCGACGGCAAGGACUUCCCCUGGCGGCCCGAGCCCGUCAGCGUGUUCGCGGAGCGCCACUCUGCCCGGCUCCACGACCACCCCGCGCUCAUCCUGUUCGUAGAGGGCGGCCCCGGCGAGGUGGAGUGGGCCAUGGCCAUCCUGAAGCAGGCCGCCGACGUGUACGCCGAGCAGCACCCCAGCACCCUGGCCGCGCUGCGGGAGCCCCGGCUGCAGUUCUACGUGGCGCAGGACGGCGACGCGGCGGACAGUCUCCGAGAGCAGCUGGUCCUGGAGGACGCCGUGCCUCUGCUCGUGGCGGUCGACGUGUGGCGCGGUGCCGUGUCCGUGCUCGAGGACGAGGUGGACGACGACGAGGAGGACGGUGACGACGCCAUCUGCGCGGCCAGCGCCGUGGCCUUCAUGAAGGCCUUCCUCGCUGGCGAGCUGCCGUCGGCGCCCCUUGGCGUGUACCUGCCCAGGCCGCCGCCCCCGCACCACGCACUCAUGCAGGACCUGCAGGACUUGCAAGGCGCCCCGCAGCUCGAGGCCUAAGCACGCAUCUCCUGGACGUGCCUCAAUGGCGCAGAGCGUUCUUCCCACAAAGAAAAUUCAUCAUGUUACUAAAAGCCUACCGCAGUGGAGCCCUUUUCGAGAAUUGUUAAUCUUAAAGAAUUGUUAAUCUUAGUGACAAAAUACUAGGCAAUUUCCGCGCAAUAUACUAUGAAGAAGAUGAAGAAGGAGUUGUGUGCCAUCGUCUAGACUUAGCCUGUCCUAUACCUUGUAGGAGCGGAGCGCUUCCGCAUUGUUAUGAUGUUUUGUGAAUUUUCUUUCUCAUUUUAAGAAUUUUGUAUUGCUGCUGAACAGAGCUUUACCUAUGAAAUACAAUGUCUGCUUGGUAGACACUGUAUAUAAUUAGGCAUGUAUAGUUGGAAUAAAGAAAAUAGUUAACAUUAUUGCAUCA